CAAACAGCUAGCAGAGUCAAGGAGGCUGGGGUAGAGGUAGGCUGGUCGCCUACCUUGCUGGUUUGGGUCCCUGCUACAAGCAGUGUUUAGGUGGCUUGCCCCGCCCACUGCUGCCGGGAAAGGCCCGCCUCUGGGUCGAUUAGUUCCCUGGAUGAGUGCCCUGGGGGGCGGAGUAGGGCGCCAUUAGCCUGGCUUGUCACGCUGCGUUUACGGUACUGAAUUGCGAUGGAGAAGGACGGCGAGGGGCGAGCUGUGGUGCGGCCACUGCUCACCGACCUCUACCAGGCCACCAUGGCGCUGGGCUAUUGGCGUGCAGGCCGGGCACGCGAGGCAGCAGAGUUCGAGCUCUUCUUCCGCCACUGUCCGUUUGGAGGCUCCUUUGCCCUGGCCGCCGGUCUGCGGGACUGUCUGUGUUUCCUGCGUGCCUUCCGUCUGCAGGACGCAGACGUGCAAUUCCUGGCUUCAGUGCUACCCCCAGACACUGACCCUGCGUUCUUUGAGCACCUUCGGACUCUUGACUGCUCUGGGGUGACGGUGCGAGCCCUGCCGGAGGGUUCCCUUGCCUUCCCUGGUGUGCCACUGUUGCAGGUGUCCGGACCCCUCCUUCUGGUACAGCUGCUGGAGACUCCCCUGCUGUGUCUGGUCAGUUACGCUAGCCUCGUAGCCACCAAUGCUGCUCGACUUCGCCUAAUUGCAGGGCCUGAUAAGAGACUGCUAGAGAUGGGCUUGCGGCGAGCUCAGGGUCCAGAUGGGGGUUUCACGGCCUCCAUUUACAGCUACCUGGGCGGAUUCAACAGCAGCAGCAACACACUUGCUGGACAACUGAGAGGUGUGCCGGUGGCAGGGACCCUGGCCCACUCCUUUGUCACUUCAUUUUCGGGUAGUGAGGUGCCCCCUGACCCGAUGUUGGCUCCAGCUUCUAGUGAGGGCCCCACGGUGGACCUGGCCGCCAGUGUAAAUUUGUGGCUGAAGCGUGUGUGUGUCUACCUGGGACUGGAGGUGCAAGAGCCGCAUCCAGGGGAACGGGCAGCAUUUGUGGCCUAUGCUCUGGCUUUCCCCCGGGCUUUCCAGGGCCUGCUAGAUUCCUACAGUGUGCGCAGGAGUGGUCUUCCCAACUUCCUGGCAGUAGCCCUGGCGUUGGGGGAGCUGGGUUACAGGGCAGUGGGCGUGAGGCUGGACAGCGGUGAUCUGUUUCAGCAGGCUCAGGAGAUCCGUGGGAUCUUUCGAACUGUUGGUGCCGAGUUCCAGGUGCCCUGGCUGGAGUCCGUUCCCAUUGCAGUCAGCAACAACAUUGAUGAGAAGGCGCUAGCACGGCUGGCCCAAAAGGGCAGUGAGGUGAACAUCAUUGGCAUUGGUACCAGUGUGGUCACCUGUCCCAAACAGCCUUCUAUGGGCUGUGUCUACAAGCUGGUGUCUGUGGGAGGCCAACCUCGAAUGAAGCUGACAGAGGACCGCGAGAAGCAAACACUGCCAGGGAGCAAGGCUGCCUUCCGGCUCCUAGGCUCUGAUGGGUUUUUCCUAAUGGACCUACUGCAGUUGGCAGAAGAGCCCCCACCCAAGGCUGGGCAGGAACUCAGGGUUUGGCCCCGAGGGGCUCAGGAGCCCUGCACUGUGAAGCCAGCUCAGGUGGAGCCUUUGCUGCGACUCUACUUGCAACAGGGACAGCUGUGUGAGCUGCUUCCAUCUCUGGACGAGUCCAGAACCUUUGCCCAGCAGUCCCUGAGCCGCCUCAGUCCUGCUCAUAAGCAGCUGCAGAGCCCUCCAGUGUAUCCGGUUGCACUGUCAGAGAAGCUUCGGGCUCUAGUGGACAGUCUCGGUGCUGGAGGUCCCUUGUAAAAACCACAGGGGUAGCGAACGGCCAGAAACAACAUGACUUGCUGUCCCCACAA